UUAAAAUCAGAGAGAAAUGGAGCUUUAGUCUCCUCCUCUUGCAUUACGUCUUUAUUUGAACAAGUAUCCUGUUUCUGUUAGUUUCUUAAAUGGUCUCAGGAGCUUAUUUAUGCCUGAUCCAGACAAAUUUUUAGCAUAUUUGUUGUGGAGAGUUUGUCAGAAUGGCUGGCAGCGAAGAGACCCUUAAGAAAAAAUUGCAAGAUGAAAAUGAAAUUGCAGAAAGCCCCGAAACCAGGAGGGGUGGGGACCCAGAGAGACAAAAGAUUGCCACCUUGUGACAAAACCAUAAAAAGGGGUGAAGCAGGACAGAGGUGGCUGCAAGUCUUGAGAACACCCCUGCUUUCCACCUAAGAUGUCUGCUGGAACUAACAAGGACUGUACCAGGGGAAAGGAUUGGGCCCAGACUAGGAAGGAGUCUAGUCUGUGAAAGAAGCUUAUUGGAACAUCUCUGAGGAACACUGACCAAUAAACUGAAAAUCUCAAAAGAAUCACUAACUUAUUCUGAGAAGAUCCAAGAUAAAGGCAAAGAACCCCCAGAGCCUUUAUGGACUACAUUUGCUGAUAGUGUGGUCAAGCUGAGAAUAGAUCACUCAUGUUCACAAACUCCAAUAACAGUUCAUCAGAUGUUCAAAGAGACUGUGGAUAAAUAUGGGCCUCUCAAUGCUAUGGCCAGCAAAAAGAAUGGAAAAUGGGAAAAGAUCACAUUUGCAGAGUAUUACAAUCUUUCCUGGAAAGCAGCCAAAAGCUUUUUGAAGCUUGGUCUUGAACGAUUCCACAGCGUAGCAAUACUUGGAUUUAACUCUCCAGAAUGGUUCGUGUCAGCUGUUGGAGCUAUUUUUGCUGGAGGAAUUGUCACAGGCAUCUAUACAACCAACUCUCCUGAGGCCUGCCACUACAUUGCUUAUGACUGCAAAGCCAAUGUCAUUGUGGUGGAAAAUCAAAAACAAUUGGACAAGAUAAUGCAGAUCUGGAGUCGUCUACCAUACUUAAAAGCAGUUGUGCUAUACAAUGACUCUUUAUCAGAGAGACAUCCCAAUUUAUAUACGAUGGAAGAAUUUAUGGAGUUGGGAAACGAGAUACCAAAUGCUACACUCAAUGACAUUAUUAGCUCUCAAAAGCCAAAUCAAUGUUGUGUGCUAGUGUACACUUCUGGAACAACUGGGAAGCCAAAAGGAGCCAUGCUGAGUCAUGACAAUAUAACCUGGACAGCAGCACAUGCCAGCAGAGCUGGGGAUAUGCAACCAGCAGAAAUCCAACAGGAGAUUAUAGUCAGUUACCUCCCGCUCAGCCACAUAGCUGCUCAGAUAUAUGACCUCUGGACUGGAAUCAAGUGGGGAGAGCAAGUUUACUUCGCUGAGCCAGAUGCUUUAAAGGGCAGCUUGGUCAAUACACUGAAAGAAGCACAGCCAACAUCUCAUAUGGGAGUUCCACGAGUAUGGGAGAAAAUCAUGGAGAAAUUAAAGGACACGUCUGCUCAGUCGGGAUUUAUGAAAAAGAAAGUGUUAUCAUGGGCCAUGUCCAUUAGCUUAGAGAGGAACCUAAGCUGCUCAGGAAGCAGUGAUUUAAAGCCCUUUCGAACAAGAUUAGCAGACUACUUAGUACAUGCAAAAAUCCGCAGUGCUCUGGGAUUUUCCCACUGUCAGAAGCAUUUCUCUGGUGCUGCUCCUGUCACUACAGAAACUCUGGAUUUCUUCUUGAGUCUGAACAUCCCCUUGUACCAGGCAUAUGGGAUGAGCGAGACUACAGGCCCGCACUGCAUGUCUGGGCCAUAUGUUUACAGACGUCACAGCUGUGGCAAAGCAGUGCCUGGCUGCAAAGUGAAACUGGUGAAUGAGGAUGCAGAUGGCAAUGGAGAAAUUUGUUUCUGGGGAAGAACUGUUUUCAUGGGUUAUUUAAAUAUGGAGGAUAAAACUAAAGAAGCUAUUGAUGAUGAUGGGUGGUUGCAUUCUGGAGACCUAGGAAGACUAGACAAGGACGGCUUCCUCUAUGUUACUGGAAGAAUUAAAGAGUUAAUUAUUACAGCUGGUGGUGAAAAUGUGCCUCCGAUCCCAAUUGAAGAUGAGGUCAAAAAGGAACUGCCCAUUGUUAGCAAUGCUAUGUUGAUUGGAGAUCAAAAGAAGUUCUUAUCAAUGUUGCUGACCUUAAAGAGUGCUCUGGACCCAGAUACAUCCGAUCCUACUGACAAUCUGACAGAGCAAGCCAGAGAAUUCUGCCAGAAAAUUGGCAGCAAAGCCACUAAAGUGUCAGAGAUUGUGGCAACAAGAGAUCAGGCUGUUUACCAGGCCAUUCAAGAAGGAAUCGACAGAGUCAACAUGAAGUCCACUGCCAGUGUUCAGCAUAUUCAGAAAUGGACAGUCCUGGAAAGGGAUUUCUCCAUUUCUGGUGGAGAAUUUGGUCCUACGAUGAAAUUAAAACGACUUGCUGUGCUUGAAAAAUACAAAGAUGAAAUUGAUUCAUUUUACAAAGAAUAAAGCUAGUCUUCGUGCCAAGUAUUGUCUGCAAGUUUCCCAUGAAGCAAAACAAAUUCACCAACUCUGUGUUGCCGGAAACAGCUCCCAACAAAUGCAUUUGAGGAUUUACUUUUUUAGGCUAGCACACCUACCAUUUGUUUUGCACCCUAUGCAACAGGCAUUAGAAGAGAAACAUCCAUAUAAAGAUCUAGUUGUAAUUCAGCCUGCAAAGUAAUAAAAUUUCUUGCUACAGAUAAGUA